AUGGAGCCUGGCGGAGACCCUCUAGAUUGGACGGUCGAUGAAGUGGUGCAAUUCCUAUGUCGAAAUCCGCAGACACCAUGGUCUCGGUCAUCAUCGCGUGCUCCAAGACCGGACCCUAUCACCUUUGAAGCUACGCUUCGGGAGAAUGAAAUCACCGGCGAGGUGCUGAUGCAUGAUGUAGACAAAGAGACACUACGGGAGGACCUUGGCGUGAGAGCUCUUGGCCAUCGUAGCUCUAUACUCAUGGCAAUACGCUAUAUCCAGCGAAAGUCUCUCAAGUUCCAGGAAUCCAGGAAUCUAGGCACUUUGUCUGAAGACCACAUCGACUACGCGAACCCGGUUGUCCCCCGACUAGUCUCCCCAGUGUACCAUCCGCCUCCAUCUCACAAUUUGACACCACAACGAGGGCUUCACGAAAGUGCCCGUCUUCAGACUUCUUCACCCAAGGCCUCGCCGCAAGAGCCUUCCGGGAAUGUCCCCAAAGCUGAUUCUGAACGUAGAGCUGGUUCUGUGGAGCAUCACAAGCCAAGCGAGGCUGCAAGUCGCCCAGGUAUUUUACAGAGAAAUGAGAGAAACGCCUGGUCACCUUCAGAACAACCACCUGAAAGACGCAUUCGGCCUGGCGAAGAUUUGGUUGUCGAUGCCCAUGGCAAGAAACGACGAAAGCUAAAUCUUAGUGCCAUGACUCAGGACGAGACUGGCCCUGAUGUUUCAAGACAGACAAACAGACCUAAAAGUCCCACAGAGUGGUACCUGGGUCCAGAAAAGCUCAAUGUUUCCAGACUUUUCUAUACAUCUGACCCGGACUCCGACCCAGCAGAACAUGACCAGACCUUCUCAAUGACCGCCUCCAGACUUCCAGUUGGCCGGCGCAGAUUCGUGAACCAGAGGCUUAUCUAUUUCCACAAGCAGCGGCCCGUGAAGCUAAGCUCCACGCAGUCAGCAUUGGUUCCUUAUCGAGAAUUGACCAAGCAAAAAAGUAAGCCAUCGAAGAAGGAAGUAGUCAUAGGCCAUAGCAACCCAAGGCCUUGCACCUUGUAUACUGUGCAUAAUGGCAGAGUCACAGUCACUAGAGACGAACUACAGAGGUGGCCGCAAUUAGUUCAGUCGGAGGAGGCCGAUAGCGGGGGCGCAAAGGACCAUGAUCCCUUUGCCUACCUGUUACAAAAAUACCCCGCACAAAAUGAUGAUGAUGAUGGCCUUGAUACUCUUCCCCUCUAUGGAGACUCAGGAUCGGAGGGUGAGUUCGAUGAUGACAUAUGGCAGGAAAUUGAGGAUGAACGCCGGGAACCAUUGCCACGGCAAACAACCCUCACAUCUGCUGAGAUUAAAUCUAUCAUUGCAAGUUGCAUUUCAGAAUAUGAGAACAACUGGCUGCAAGAUGGAAGGACAAGAGAGGAGCCAAAGGCACGAAGAAUUUGGCUAUCUUCUAGGAGAGGUAAAACCACCAAUGAACAAAUCAAGACUAUCACCCGCGACGUUAGUCUUCUAGAACGGCGUCUAGGUGUAUUCACAAAAGCAAUAGAGGAAAGUGAAUACGCAUCACGGAAAGAGCUACAAUUACAAUGCCGAAGUUUGGAGAACACCGUCAUCAACAUCCAGAAGCAAAAGUGGCUUAUAUCCGUUCUUGAACUCGAGCAGUGUCCGCCGAAGAUGGCUUACCCUACGAGGCCUUUGCCUCCCAUACGGCAAAGCAUUGACGAGGAUGGAGAGUCGCUUGGCUCGGAAACCGAUCAUGGCGCUGUUGAUGACGACUCUCUUGACGAUUUCAUUGAGGAUGACGUUUUCCGCAAAAGCCCUACCCCUUCGUCGGACGACGAUGAUAUCAUUAGUCCUUCUGGAAAAAGGCGAAAAUUCAGGACUACAGCACAUCCUUUCGUUGAGUCCAGUUCCCCCUCCCCUCCGCCACUUCCUGAAGGACCAAUAGAGACUAUUGACCUGACUGGCGAUGAUCCACUGCCUGAAGAGGAUGACUUUACCGUUGAGACGCCCCCAUUGAACCCAGCGCGACAGACGCCGCAAUCUGAACACGUCUUGUCAAGAGAAAUCUCUCCUGCACCAAAGCUUCCUCCUAAAGUGUAUGUCGAGAUACCGAAUGUCGUGAUACCGAAAACCGAGAUACCGACACCAUCGAAACAAGAUGGCAUCGCACAGUCAGUUGCAAGUUCCGCAAGGCCUCAUCUAGACAGUUUAGAGGACCUGCCCGAAAUAAACGAUUUUAACAAACUCAAGGGAAUCGGUUGGAGGCUCUUGGAGGAGCGUUAUGACCGGUGCAGACUCCUGGCAAAGUUGAUAGCAUCACUCGCAGAUGAAGAACGACAGAGAUUGACUAGGAUGGUUCCGACAUAUGACAUAAAAAGCCUGCAAAGCCUCACAAACACUGCUUUGAAAAGACUGUGGAAAAGCAAGGAAACAAUAUCAGGGCUGACACCUGAUGAGGCUAGUUUCGCCAUGCGCACGGCAUCACUCUUUAUUUCAUGGAUAAAUUGCGCUCAUUAUCACGUGAAGGGCUUCCCAAAAACCCAUGUUUGGGAGGCAAAAGAACGUGUCUCGGAUUUCCCCGAGUUUUACAAGGAACUCUCCUGCCGCUUGGAUGCGUAUCAAACCUGGGAUAUAAACCGGCAACAGACCGCCGCGACUGUUUCUGACUCACCCCACAAGAAAAGGAAACGGGAAGUGAAGGAAAGUCAAGCUGCAAAAAUGAAUCAAGAAAUCGCCAAACUUCGUGUUGCUCAUCAAGAGAAGUUGCGGCAGAAGCUUGAACGCAAACUGGAAAGCAUGGGUGUCAGCAAUACCGAUGCCACUCGCCAGGCUGUCAGUUUUGGCGAUCCUGUCAUCUACUUGGACCCUCAUAUCGGACAGCGUGUCAAGCCUCAUCAAUUGCAUGGCAUCCAAUUUAUGUGGCGAGAGCUGACUGAGGAUGGUGGAAAACAUCAGGGCUGUCUCCUAGCUCAUACAAUGGGCUUGGGUAAAACGAUGCAGGUCAUCUCCCUCCUUGUUACAAUAGCUAAUGCGGCUGCUUCUAAGAACCCUUGGAUAAAGAAGCAAAUCCCAGACAACCUCCUUCGAUCCCAGACCCUCAUUCUUUGCCCGUCGUCACUGAUCGAGAACUGGUACGAAGAGUUCAUUAUGUGGACCCCUAAGGAUUCAGCCAUCGGACCUGUGAACAAAGUGACCAGCUCGGCUUCUCUCGCGGAAAGGCUGAACACUGUGGCUCUUUGGAAUGAUGAAGGCGGAGUACUUCUUAUCAGCUAUGACAUAUUUCGGACAUGGGUCUAUAAUAAAGAAACAAUCAGGAGAGGCAAGCCUCUCUCGGAAGAGGAGCAUGAGAACAUUAAGAAGUGGCUUCUAGAAGGAGCUAACAUCAUUGUUGCUGAUGAAGCCCAUAAGAUGAAGAACCCAGCUUCUGCAAUUACUCUUGCGGCCAUGCAGUUCCGCUCUCAGAGCCGCAUUGCAUUGACUGGCUCUCCUCUUGCGAACAACCUUGUGGAUUACUUUACCAUGGUCAACUGGAUUGCGGGAGGUUAUCUAGGAGAGUUCACAGAGUUCAAGGCUAACUUUGUAGAGCCUAUUGAGGAAGGUCUGUACGUGGAUAGCACAUAUAGCGAGCGGCGGCGGUCUCUUGUGAAGCUUCAGGUCCUGAACAAAAUUCUUGAACCAAAGAUCAACCGGGCUGAUAUCUCUGUCCUUGAGGGCAGCUUGCCUCCCAAGGUCGAAUUCGUCAUUACUGUUCCAUUAACGGAUGUGCAAAAGUCUGCAUACGAUCUAUACGUGCAGUCGAUUCUAGAGGGCAGCCAAGAUUUUAGCAGGAUGAAGCUACUGUCUUGGCUAGCCGUUCUGGGUCUGUGUUGCAAUCACCCAGCUUGUUUCAGAGAUAAGCUUCUCAGCAGAGCCAGCGAUGCUCAGAAGCUUGAUAGAAUGAUAGACGGCGCCGCGAUCGAACCAGCCCCUGGUGACGAGCCUAUCACGCAGCUGGGCCUGGACGUUGAGGGUCUCGUUUCAAAACAAGAGCAGCUUUUCUCUACUGUUCCUGAUAUGAGCGCCGCAACACUGUCAUGUCGAGCCGAAAUUCUGAACAGGAUCAUCGCAGAGUCUGUCCGGGCUGGAGAUAAAGUGCUUGUGUUUUCACACAGCAUACCUACGCUCAACUACGUCGAGAAUGAUAUUCUCAAGGCAUUUGGUUGGAAAUAUUGCCGUCUAGAUGGAAGCACUCCAAUGGCCAGCCGACAAGCUGCUACCAAGCAGUUCAAUCAAGGCUCUGCAGAGGAUGUAUACCUAAUUUCCACCCGUGCUGGCGGCCUAGGCCUAAACAUCUUCGGUGCUAACCGUGUCAUCAUUUUCGACUUCACAUUCAAUCCCGUCUGGGAGGAACAGGCUGUCGGACGUGCCUAUCGCUUAGGUCAAAAGAAGCCCGUCUUCGUCUACCGAUUCAUUGCAGGCGGAACUUUCGAAGAGGUCAUGUACAACAAAGCCGUCUUCAAAACCCAGCUUGCUUUCCGUGUCGUCGACAAAAAAAACCCAAUUCGCCUAGCCACCAAGUCCCUCGGAGAGUAUCUCUUCCCAGCGAAGCAAACACCGCAGCAAGACGUCACAGAGUGUCUCGGAAAGGAUCCAGAAGUCCUAGACAAGAUCAUCCGCGCAGACGCUCACGCCGAUGAAAACCAAAGACUAAUUCGAAAGAUCAAACUCACAGAGCUGUUUCAAAAGGACGACAACGACAAGUUGACCGAGGAUGAGAAAAAUGCUGCUCAGCAGCAACUCGAUGAUGAGCGGCUCAAGCGGACUGAUUACGAAGCCUACCAGAGGAUGAUCAUUGAAAGGCAAAGAAUGGCCUUAGCACAGGGCACCGGGCCUUAUGGCACAACUCCAGCAAUGCACCCUGGCCAACUGCCGCCUCAGCUACCUCCACAGCCUUUUGCGCCUCAGCCACCUGCACCUGCACCCCAGCUUACCAUCCCAGCUAGUGCACACAAUGUUGGCCCUCCGGCUCUGGCUCCAGACACGAGCAUCACGCAACAAGCUCCGCAAACUCCCGUAGCGAUCCCUGGCCUGACCUUGACCAGUCCGGACCAGGCUCAUGCUCUGAGCACUCCUGUGACGCCAGGAAACAACACUAAUUCCAGUCUCCUUACUCACAACACCUCUGCUACAGCUGCAUCAGCACAAACUUACAACGGCGGUGGCAGCACUACCGAGGGCUCAAGCGCGAUAAGAGAUCGAUCAGAGUCACCUGAAUCUUUGCAGGAUCAUAAUAAGCCAAGCUGCAGGCCUCAGUGA